AUGUUUCUGGGUUGCAUAAUUCACUCACUUCUUACUGUGAUUUCAUUUACUGCGAUACAAUUAAGGGCUAACGAAACUACUACGGAUUUGGACGAAAAAUAUACUGCAGAUACUACAGCUAAACUCACUACUAAAGCUACGGAACUCACUACUGAAGCUACGGAACUGAAUACUGAAGCUAACGAACUUACAACUGAAGAUAUGGAACUUACUACUGAAGCUACAGAACCUGUUACUGAUCCUCCUGAAAAAGUUAAUGAAGAGACCACACAAACAAAACCACCGAGUCGUGCACAAAUGGAUGAUUUAACAUCAUUUGAUGACAAAGUCUAUUGUAAGUUUCAAGCAAAUUCAUAUUCGUGUUCAAAUGCCAGGCUAAAACGCAAGUAUUAUUACGAUAUACAGCUGAACCAAUGUAUUCGGUUCGAUUACGGACAUUGUAAGCACUCGUACAAUAUGUUCGAUGGAAGACGCGAGUGCUUUGACGCAUGUGAAGACGAGUACAGUCAUCAAGUUAUAAAUGUAACAGCCAAUGUUUACUGCAGGUUUCAGCCUGACUUUGGAGAUUGCCAUAUGUAUAAUCCGAUGUGGUAUUUCGACAUCAUCGAUAUGAGGUGUAAGGGUUUUUCAUACAGUGGCUGUGGAGGCAAUGACAACAGGUUCCGGAAUGUUGAGAAAUGUUUGUCUGUGUGUAGCCAUGCGGUGAAACAUACGGAAGAAGAAUAA